AUGACCGAUGGAAUCCUUUUGAGAGAGUUACUGACAGAUCCCCUCCUGUCAAAAUAUAGUGUUAUAAUGAUCGAUGAAGCUCAUGAGCGUACCUGUAAUUCUGAUAUUCUGCUUGGUCUUCUUCGAAAAGUGCUAAUAGUACGGCCUGAUCUCCGCAUUAUACUAUUUCGAGACUUUUUCGAACUGAACGAAACUGAUGACCAUAAUCUUGACACAUCGUGUAUAAUGUCUGUCGAAGGGCGGACUCAUCCUGUCACGAUCUACCAUACGAAAACAUCAGUACCGAAUUACAUCAAAGCUACGGUGGAUACUGUGCUGGAUAUUCAUAAAAAUGAAAUUCCGGGUGAUGUUCUCGUAUUUCUAACGGGUCAGGAAGAGGUUAUACAGGUAAGCGGGCCGCACUGA